AUGGCCUCUGGCAUGGUCAGAGAGUCGGGUCGGCCCCAUCAACCUCAGGAGAUAGAGCGAACCUUUCAGGAGUUUAUGACAGAGUCUUCAGUGGACCGUUUCAAGAUAAAGUCUGCCAUUCGUGAAGUUGUCCCGUUCUCCGUCCAGCAGAUAGUUGACUGCAGUCAACCGUACAAUAACAAGUGA